AUGUACGAAGCUAGACAUACUGUAGAUUUUUAUGAUUUUGGAUAUAUCGCUAUGUAUUACUACGACAAGAACAUCAUGACGAAAGUCCACGGGAAGAGGUACGCGUACAAGUUCGACUUCCAAGGUCUGGCGGCAGCGACGCAGCCCGCCGCCGCGGAUCCGGCCGCCUACAAGUACCAAAGCGAGCUGUUCAUGUCCGGUUACGGACACGCCAAGUUAAACCUUAUGCCGCCACCGGCCGCCUCCGUCUCGGUCUCCGUUCCAGGGGGGCUUUUCCAAUCUGCCUCCAGCUACUGGUCAACGAGCCCGGGCGCAAACCUGUACGCGGGCCACCACACGGCCUCCGGCCAUGUGCCGCCUCAUCUGGGCACCUAUCCGCAUUACGCAUGACCCACCGCCGAGCACUGGAGCGCCCUGGGUACGCCACGUUAACAACUUUCUACUCGAGGCAAUUUAACCGACCGCCGCCAUCGCGGUCUACGCGCGCCGCCGUCGGCCGGUGUCGACCACACCUACGCGAUUUUCCACACGGUCUCUUCCCAGUCCUUCGUCCUUCUCCCUAACAAUCGUUUUAUCUGUCCUCUUGCGAUUAUUUUUUUUUUUUUUUUUUUUUACUUUUAUCAUUUUUUUUUCUUCCUUCUUUUUUGUAGUGAGGAAGGGGAGGAGGGAGGGAGAGAGGAUUGUUCAUCGUAGGAACAUAUUGUUUCGUUAAAAUGAUAUCGAUUGAAGACAGAUUUUUUUUUUUAAUAGUGUUAAAUUAUAUAAAGUAAGAAAAGUAAAAAGUGAACGCGUCAUUGGAUUCGAUAUUUCUGAAAAAAAUUGAAUCGUUUUGUUCGUCGAAACGUGGAUGUAGAAGUGAAUUCGAAGUUGUUAUGGGAUGAGCGGCUAGUACCGGUGAGGGAUGGAAUAAUAACGAUAUCUCUUUCUUGUUUUCUCCGUUCGAAGGCAACAUUAUCGUAUAAUACAUGUCGUAUUGGAACAAGACUCGUUACCUAGAAUCGAAACCGAGAUACAAAAAAUUUUUCAAAAAAACUUUUUAACUCGGUAGUAUUAUAAUAAUAGCUAUUUAAGAUUGCACAAUUACACCGAUACAUAUCCAAUUUUAAAUAUAUAACCUUCUCCUCCCUUUUUCUUUUUUUUCAAUCUCACUGUAUCGUAAUCUGUACUACUGCAUCAUCCAUUAUUAAAAGAAAAAUCAAAAGUCAAAACAUCCCUAACAAAAACUUACCCUUAUCGAUUUUUAUUUAUUUAUUUAUUUAUUAUUUUUUUUUUCAGAAGAACUAAAAAACAAACUUUCAAUCUUUGUUAACGAAUUAUUCCAUUGUAUCAUAUAUAAUUAUUGUAAAUAAGUUAUCUACAUAUUGUAAAAGUGUCGCGAUCAAAUCAUGAAGUUAUAUAGAACAGUUAAUAAAGAUCCUUUUCGUUUAUAAGGAUAUUAUAAGUAGGCGAUGUUGUAAAUCGCGAAACGUUGUAUCCUUUAUCUUUAUAUAUCCUUUAACAUCGGGGUGUUCGUGGACAGAUUAAACGAUCCAAAAAGUAAACAGCAUACUUAAGUUCUCUCUUUUUAUUUUUUUUUUUUUUUUUUUUUGUGAAAGCGAACAGCGACCAAGGACGAGUAAAUAUCGACGACCACGCGCUGCGCCACUCCAAACGUUUUUUCGUUUCACGGUCGACGGUGCGCUCGAAUUUAUUGUAAGAACAUUGUACAUACAAUAUAAUGGAUUACAAGUAAGUACAGGGUACGUUCGCAAGACGUUAUUCUCGUUAUUCUCGUUUUAUCUCGACGGAUCAUCACCUCGUCGGAUUAUUGCCGACACAAUAAAUAAUUUUUUCUAGAAAAAUACAAUUUCUCACGUUGAUUAA